GGGUCUCCGGGUACGGUAUAUCAGCAGACAGAGGAAGCCAAAUUCAAUUUCGCCGAAUGCAUUUCACAAUCACAAUUAGCCCCAUUUCCUGAUCCGGGUCCGGAUUUUUCGCGGCUGUAGCCUUCAAAACUACGUCGUUUCAUUGUUCGAUCAAACCUUCUCCGAGAUUGCCUCCCUUUCUCUCUCUACAAUCUACAUCUCCCAUUCUAUUUCCCGUGAGUAAUUCCGGCAUCCUUCAUCGCAGGAUUCAUAGCUUAAUGUGAUUUGUUCCGUGGAAUAAAAAACUCAAGUACGUUUUUACCUGGGUCUAAUUUAUUUGCUUGCGUCGGUUGAAGAUGAAUAUGCAGCAAGUACUCCCACCUAGAUCCUCUUCUAACGGAUAUGGUCACCAUAAAAUCGAAGGAGAUACCGCAACAAGAUUUAACAGUGUAGCAGACUCACAUGAAUCAAAUUCUUGUGAUAGACUUAUAUAUUUAACUACAUGCCUCAUUGGGCAUAAAGUGGAAGUACAGGUGCAAGAUGGAUCACUAUUUUCUGGAAUUUUUCAUGCAAUCAGCGGGGAGGAUUAUGGAGUUAUUCUGAAAAUGGCAUGUUCAGUUAAGAAUGGUUCUCCAGGUCAGAAAAAUGUUUCAGAUUCUUCCGAGCCUCCUUCUAAGACUUUGAUAAUACCUGCUACGGAUCUUGUGCAAAUCAUGGCAAAGGACGUGCCUGUAAUUAGGGAUGGUUUCUUGAAUGAGCUACAACGUGGAAAGCAGCAAGAGCUUAUGACAGAUUCCUGCAUAUCACAAUCUCGGAAUGUAGAGGCGGGGAGAGAAUUGGAGCGAUGGGUCCCUGAUGAAGAUGAUCCUGGGUGUCCUGAACUGGAGAAUAUAUUUGAUGGUCCUUGGAACAGAGGCUGGGAUCAGUUUGAGGUAAAUAAAACUUUAUUUGGAGUUAAGAGCACCUUUGAUGAAGAGCUUUACACUACGAAGCUCGAUAGAGGCCCUCAAAUGAGAGAAUUAGAAAGAGAAGCUCUAAAGAUAGCUAGAGAGAUUGAGGGGGAACAAACCCUUGAUCUUCAUCUCGCAGAGGAAAGAGGUAUUCAAAUUGAUGGGAACAUUGAGAUAGAUGAAGAAACUCGCUUUUCUUCAGUCUACCGGGGAAAUCAUGAGAGAUCAUAUGAAGAUAUUGUGAAGACAGUAUUGGAGGAUGAAGAAAUGCAAGAUGUACAUGAUCGGAGAGCAUCUAAAGCCGAGGGUUCAAACUCAUUGAAUAAAGAAAGCUGUCUGAAGGUUGGAUUAUCUGCGAAUGCUACUGCAUUUGAUCCAUCACGUUUUUCAUCCAAAGUUCAGGAUAAGGAAAGCUUCUUCAACGAGUUACCAAAGGGUUCAUCAUGUCCUGACUCACAAGGGGUAGCAACCUCUCUUGCCCGGACCAGUAGCUCUGCAUCGUCCGCAUCUGAUCGCGGAGGAGGUACCUCAACUUCUGCUGGCCGUGGAUUGUCUCCUAGUUCAUCUGUUGCUUCGCUGUCUUCAGAGAAGUCAACACUUAAUCCACAUGCCAAGGAAUUUAAAUUUAAUGCAAAUGCUAAGAGCUUCGUCCCAUUUCAGACACCUAGACCGAUUUCUCCUAUUGCAGAUAAUUCCUUCUACUAUCCACCUAUGGCUACUGCAACACAUAUGCAUGGCAUGCCAUCUGGUGUUGGGGCUGGACCUUUGUUUACUGCACAUCCGCCAGUUAUGUAUAAUCCACCGGCUACACCAAUGUCUCAACAAUUUUACCAUCCAAACGGACCUCAGUAUGGACAACAGAUGACAGUAGGACAACACUGGCCAGUUUACUUCAUGCCCACAUAUCCACAUUAAAUGCAGUACAAGUGAAGGGAGAGUUUUGCUAAAUGAUGGCAAACACCACCUACAUGUUGUGUUUUUGGGGAUUCGGAUUUUUUCAAGGCUGUUUGGGAUUUUUUGGUGUGAGGCAAGCAGCCGAUGUGUUAUUAAGUGGCGGUCGAGCUUGAGUCGACGAGAGUGAUGAGACCAUGUGACAUUAGGGGAUUUCCCCCCCUUCCUACUGGUUUUAACAAUUUUUCUAAGGCAAUGAGUGAUUUUCACAUCCUUAACUUUGGUGGUGGUCUAACAUAGAGUUAUGUAUUCCUUUUGAAUUUUUUGUCUGGGUUUGAUAUGAAUCGAUAAUUAAUAUGUUGAUUAUUAGUUAGUUAAAAUUUUUGCUAAA